AUGUUCGAUAUUUCAAAUCAACAAAUUGUUCAUAUGGUAGCACAAAUUCGAGCAAAACAACUAGCCACCAAAUACAGUCAAGACAAAGUGCAGAAAUUUAUUGUUGAAUAUCAUGAUGAGCAUCCUGAUAUUUCUGAUACAGACUUAGUUAAGCUAUCGAUUGAAAGCCUAGAAUCAUUUGUACGAACUAGUGUAUCGAUGAAUAGCUACUUGACAGAUCAAGAGAAAGACAGUAUUGGACACCCUAUAAAAAUGAAUAAAACUCAUUUACAACUCAAUUUAGCUAAAAAAUGGGAAGAAAGCCAAGGAGAAGAAUUAAUUACCGCGAUAAAAAAUGGCAAAUUUUAUCAUAAAACAAUGAAUACUAUAGCACCAGAUGAGUUGCCAACCUUACAAUCACCUAGUAAUAAGACAUAUUGGGGUAAUGAGAAUCCAUCUGUUAGUUCCAUAUUGCUUGCCAGCAUUUCGGUUGCUUGUGAUCAAAAGCAAGUUAUCAGUAUGCCAGGAGCUGCAACAUUUUUUCCCUUUCUGAAUUCCAGCCAUAGAUUACCGUCAAAUUUGAUACCAUCCACAUAUCCAUUUGCUUCUACCGAAGGUAUGACCCUUUUUGGCGAUUAUCAAUAUGGCGGUCACACUUAUUUCAAAAAACAAUUGUUAUUCGGUCCCGAGGAUUGCUCGUCAUCAGUGGGUAAAGCAAUAAAUCUAACUGCCAAACAAAUUCAAGACAUAUCUACUGCCGAAAUGAUAACAGCUUUUUUUAAUCCAGACAAUGAAUACCAUUAUAGAGCAAUUACGAUUUUAAUCGGUGAUACAAAUGACAGACAGUUACAGUUAAUCGAACCAGGUGACAUUUUCCUUAAAAAAGGUCAUACGGCUAUCAUUGUCGGCAAGCCUGAUAAUAAGGGCAAUAUUAUUACUGUGCAGUUUAACAGAAAUAUGGAUGUGCCAGAAAAUAAGAUAUCCGGAGGCGGGGUAUUUGUAUAUAACUUGUGCGAUGAAGCAAAAGACACUAAAACUGGUAUCUAUAUUUUACGCCCAGAUUUGAAACCAUUACAUGAAUCCAGUUCAUUAAGCCAAUUGUUGAGUCGAAUUGAUGCAAAAUAUUUUGCAUUGUUCCCUAAUGGCCCCAUAGAUACGCCAGGAGACUGUGCAAUAUUCUUAUGA